AUGGCAAUUCCAACACAGCGUGAUGAUGUUGCGGUGUCGAUUGCUAGUUAUGGAAAUACUUGUAUGGUGUAUCCUGAGCCGAUUGCAGGGAAGAGUAGUAAUUUCGAGCUCAAACAGAAUCUUCUAAUGAGAUUACCCGUCUUCCAUGAUCUUCCAACUGAAGAGCCAAACCAACACCUUUCGAAAUUUGUGACUAUUGUGGAAUGCAUGGGACCUGAUAUGGCGGAUCCUCAGAUUUUAAAGAUGAAGGCUUUUCCAUUUUCACUUGAUGGAGCAGCUUUGGAUUGGUUCGAAGAUUUGCCUAUGGGGUUCAUUACUUCUUGGGAAAAGCUAGUACGAGAAUUUUUGCAGAAGUUUUAUCCAGCAACUAGAGUGAUAAGCACGAGAAGUCAAAUAGCUGGAAUUCAACAAUAUGCAACUGAGACGUAUGUUGAGUAUUAUGCUAGAUUCCAAAAGUUACAGAAAAGAUGUCCUCAACAUGGUUUUUCAAAAGGGAGUCUAUUACACUUCUUCUAUCAGGGUCUGAAUGAGUAUGAAAGGAGAUUAUUGGAUUCUUCUGCUAGAGGUGCUUUUAUUGAUUUAUCUCAUGAUGCUGCUGAACAACUAAUAUCUAAAAGAGCCGCCAAUGAACUAGACUAUGGGAGUCCCGCAAGGUCGGAAUCAAUUUUAGGAGUUGAAUCUGAUCAAAGGUUGACAAAGAUUGAACAAAACUUGGAGAGGUUGAGUGCAUUAAUUCAAAUUGGAAGAACACCUCAAAUUCAAGUAUGUGAUUUCUGCGCAACUCCAGGACAUUCUACCGAUUCUUGCCCAUCUUUUGGUUAUGAAAAUCAGGAAGCAAAUCAUUUCUUAGAUAUAUAUAAUUCAAGGAUGGGAGAUCACAUAAGGAAUGAAGAUACGAAUGGUGCUCUAUAUGGAUUUCAGUUUCGGGACAAUUCUCCACAUUCAGGUUUUCAGCAAAGGGAACCACUCCAUCACAAUUUAACUAGUGGAAACAAUAUUGAAAUAUUAUUGACCAAAUUAGUUGAGGGACAGUUGGAGAUGCAAAAACGAAGUUCCAAAAACGAAGGGCCUUAA